AUGGUAUUCUAUGUCAUUCAUAAUAGUAAAUUGCAGAUGAACAAUAAGAUGUAUAACAUUCUAUACCAGACCUUGACAAUGUGAAUAUCAAAUUAGGAGAUGACCAAAAGAAAGUUAAUCAAAAUUCAUCUAAUACUGUCUCAUAAGUACAAUAACCAGAACAAGUAGCUAUUCAAAUACAAUCACUCCCACCCAAAACUUAAGAUGCCUCUUUUGUUUCAUAAUUAUUUCAUUGUUUAUUUAAAGGUCUUGCUAUAUUUGUGUAAAAUAAGUAUAAUAAAUAGAUUUUUCAUUCCAGAAGGCUUAUUAAAUCUUACAUAUUGUUUUAUUAUAGUUGUAAUAUUAUCAGCAAUUGAUUUUUGGACAGUCAAGAACAUUACAGGAAGGUAAUAUUAAUAGAUAGACAAUAAAAUAGAAAAUUGGUUGGUUUAAGAUGGUGGUCAGAAGUAAAAGAAGAUGGAUCUGAAGAAUGGAUAUAUGAAUCUUAAGUAGCUAAUUUUGUUCCUAAUCCAUUUAAUUCAAAUAUAUUUUGGUUUGCUUAGUUUGGAGUAGUAUUGACUUGGGGAAUAUUAAUAUUGUUAGAUUUAAUUGGUUUAAGAUGGUUUAAUGUAAAAUUUUAUCAUUUAUAAUAGGCUGUUUUAGCAAUGACUGCCUUUUGUUUGACAGGAAUUAAUUUUGUAGGAUUCUAUAAAUGUAGAGGAGAACAUCAAAAGAAAGCAAAAGAAUAUAUGACUAAAAUUGGUUUGAAGGCUAUAUAGUAAUGGUGA